AUGGAUAGUGUGAUUCAGUUGCAAAGGCAGUUAGUUGACUACACAGCCCAACUGUUUAAUGAGGGAAUUUUGGAUGACCAGUUUAACCAACUUCAACAGCUUCAAGAUGAGAGCAACCCAGAUUUUGUUGUUGAAGUUGUGACUCUUUUCUUUGAAGACUCUGAAAGGCUUCUUAAUGAGCUGGCCAAAGCUCUAGAGCAGCAAAGUGUAGAUUACAGAAAAAUUGAUGCUCAUGUUCACCAGUUGAAGGGUAGCAGCUCCAGCAUUGGAGCUCAAAGAGUUCAGAAAGUCUGCAUUGCCUUCCGCAACUGCUGCGAGGACCGAAAUAUUGAAGGGUGCCAAAAAUGUCUGCAGCAAGUCAAGCAUGAGUAUUCCUUAGUGAAAACUAAGCUUGAAACUCUGUUCAAGGUAAGAGGAAAAAAAGGAAAAAACAAAAGUAAUUUGUUUAGAAUGAACACUGUUGCACAAGCAACUGAUUUCUGUUUAUAUGAUCGCAGCUUGAGCAGAAGGUUUUGGCAGCAGGAGGGUCAAUUCCUUGGCCAGUAUAAUAAGGUGAAAACCAUUGCAGAAGAUCACAGCCAGAGAAAGCAAAAUGGGAUUUUGGAUAUGUAG